GUCCCGGGCCGGGCUGACAGACAGGCUGAGGCAGGACGCAGCGGUUGACUUUGGGUUGUUGUUUCUCGGGACCGGGACCGGAUCCGGCAGCUGCAUGGAGCCGGGCGGGCACAGCGGGACCCCGGGGCCCCUCCGGGCCCCGCUCCUGGUUCUGGUUCUGGUUCUGCUGCUGAGCUGCGCCGCGCCGGGACGCGCCGAGACGGUGUGUCACUGCAGCGGGACAGCGGCAUGUCACUGCGAUGGGGUCAAAGGUCAAAAGGGCGAGCCAGGUUACCCUGGGUAUGAUGGACUUCCCGGGGUGGUUGGUUACCCAGGAAAUGAGGGCCAUCCUGGGCCCCCCGGAGCCAAGGGCCAGCAGGGGGCAGCAGGAAGCCCAGGAUAUAAAGGCUCUCGGGGUCUUCCAGGAGAGCCAGGUUUCCCAGGACCACCUGGACAGCCAGGAAUACCGGGUCGAGAGGGAGCCAUUGGCCGACCAGGACUCCCAGGAUGCAAUGGGACAAAGGGGGACAUGGGGUACCCUGGUUUCCCAGGAAUCACAGGACCUGUUGGCCUGCCGGGUCUUCCAGGACUACAAGGAGCAAAGGGAGAAUCUUUUUACUUCCCCAGUUCUCUGGAGGUCAAAGGAGAACUGGGACCUCAAGGACAAGAUGGAGAACUGGGGAGGAAUGGAGAUCCUGGCUUACCAGGCCUGCCAGGACCACCAGGACCUGCAGGACUUCCUGGAACGCCAGGGUUACCCGGGUUACCAGGAGAGAAGGGGCAAGAAGGUCCCAGUCCGGUGAUCCCAGGUCCCAGAGGGCAGAAGGGUGACCGUGGCCCCCCUGGGAUACCCGGCCAGAAAGGAAUUAAACUGUAUGCCGAAGGUCCAAAAGAACUGAAGGGGGAGCCGGGUCAAGUUGGACAGAAAGGCUGUCGAGGAGCCACUGGUCUGCCAGGGAAGAGAGGCACCAAAGGAGGAAAGGGAGAGCGAGGAGACCCUGGAGCUCUGGGUAAACCAGGGAAGGAAGGAGCUCGUGGACAGAUUGGAGCACCGGGGGAUCCUGGGGACCGUGGUUACCUGGGUCCACCUGGGAUUGAAGGAGCCAUGGGGGAGAAAGGUGACCGUGGGCCUCCAGGUCCUCCAGGAGAGGUGAUCCAGGUCAACAACUUCAUGAAAGGCGCGCGUGGAACCCCCGGAACCGCGGGACCUGUGGGACCCCCCGGAGAACCAGGAGUGAUCGGCUUCCCAGGCCUGCAGGGAGAGCCAGGCCAGGGGCCCCCAGGCCCCCCGGGGUCUCCUGGGCCUCCAGGCUUCACUGGGGCCAAAGGAGAGCCUGGAGAGCCGGGGCCCCUCAUCAUCGGACCCCCAGGGGCCCCCGGGAUCCCUGGGGACAUCGGAACGGUCGGAGAACGUGGAGAACCAGGAAUACCAGAUUACCUGCCAGGGAGGGCGGGGCCUCCAGGUGUCAAAGGUGUGCGCGGGCAGAGCGGCGCUCCAGGAAACAGAGGAAACUACGGAGAGACAGGUGAGAAGGGACAGGUGUGCACCAGGUGUUCUCCUGCGGUGGGGAGCCCCGGCCCCCCCGGCCCCCCCGGCGAGCCAGGUGACCCCGGGGGCACAGGUUCAGCUGGCGCCCCGGGCAGCAAAGGUGACCCAGGGGUCAAAGGUGUCAUAGGACUUCCUGGUCCGCAGGGCUGGUUCGGGAUCCCCGGGCUCACGGGCGCCCCGGGACCCAAAGGUGACCCUGGCGUGAUGGAGACCAUUGGGGAGAGGGGCGAGCCGGGGGACCCCGGGGCCCCGGGUGAGGCCGGCGUUGACGGGAUAGACGGGGUCUCUGGACUUCCUGGAGUGAAAGGCAUUGUGGGAUUGAAGGGCAACCCUGGGCCUCCAGGGCCAAAGGGUGACGGGGGCCCGGCCGGGCUGACCGGCCCCAGGGGCCGAACAGGACAGAUGGGGAUCCUGGGGCCCCCGGGCAUCGGCUUCCCAGGACCCCCAGGGCCAAAGGGCAACCAGGGAGUGCUGGGCCAGCGAGGCAGCCCUGGAGAGCCAGGGGAGAAAGGAGCUCCUGGUGAAACCAUCACAACUCUGGGAGAUCCAGGCCAGAAGGGGCAGAAGGGUUUACCCGGCAACCCCGGACCUGAAGGCAUCACAGGACUUCCUGGUUUCCCAGGGUUCCCUGGUCUGUCGGGGGAGAAGGGUUCCAGAGGCUUUUCCGUCCAGGGGCCUCCAGGAAAUCCCGGGGUCAAAGGAGUGAAGGGCCUCCCAGGAGCUCCAGGUUCACCGGGUUUCGGAAUCAGAGGACGAGCAGGGCCCUCAGGGGCCCCUGGGAUGCCGGGCCCCAAGGGGUACGCGGGUGUUGGUCUACCAGGCCAGCCGGGUCAGUUAGGACCCCAGGGGGAAGACGGGUCUGUGGGGUGCCAAGGAACUUCUGGCCCUGCUGGACCAGAUGGUCCUCCAGGACCCCCAGGACUAGAUGGGCCCCCAGGACCCAAAGGUCGUGCAGGUCUGGAUGGUUUGCCUGGUGCAGUUGGUUCUGUAGGAUCCUGUACCCCUGGAGCCCCCGGACCCUCAGGACCCCCUGGAGAGAUGGGUUUCAUCGGCUUCACAGGACCCCGGGGCCCUAAAGGUCUGCAGGGUGACCCUGGGCUGCCGGGGGAAGGUGUUCCGGGGCUUCAGGGACCCUAUGGACCCCCAGGGUUUGAUGGAGCUCCAGGGGCCACUGGAGGCAUUGGAUCAAAGGGACUGAAGGGAACCAACGGAGAGCCAGGGAGCCCCGGUAUCAGAGGAGAUGCUGGGCCUUCAGGAGCUUCUGGGAUUCCAGGUUCUGAUGGGAAACCAGGAGAGGACGGGCGACCAGGGCCAAAAGGUGAGAUGGGUGUCAGUGGUUUGAGGGGUGCUGAGGGUGCUCGGGGGCCUCAGGGUGACCCGGGGGAAGGUGGACCUAAAGGAAGCUACACUGCUGUCCAGCUGUUUGGAGACCCUGGAAGUCCUGGAGAGCCUGGGCCCGCAGGUCUCACUGGAGUUAAAGGAGAGAGGGGCCCCCAGGGGCCUCAGGGCCCUGAUGGCAUCAACGGUAACCCUGGCAACGCUGGGUGCCAAGGACCCACUGGAGACCCUGGCAGAGAUGGAGAGAAAGGAGCUCUUGGUCUCCAUGGAAACCCUGGUAACCAAGGAGAUAUGGGGUUUCCAGGUUUUAAAGGUGGCAAAGGUUCCUUAGGGUUUCGUGGAGAACCUGGCCAAGAUGGAACUCCAGGACAGCAGGGACCCAAAGGUGCUAAAGGAGAACCGAGUUCACCUGGACCAGGACCUAAAGGACGUCAAGGGGACAUGGGGGAUCCAGGAUGUCCAGGACCUCCAGGAGACGACGGGGAACAAGGAGACCUGGGCAGCUUUGGCCCUCCAGGAAACAUCGGACCUUCUGGCCCCAAAGGCAGAUCAGGAGGCCUCGGGAUCCGAGGUGAUCCUGGGUUGCCAGGCAACAAGGGUUUUGAUGGUCCUGCAGGAAGUUGUGGCAGUCCGGGACCUUCUGGCCUCCCAGGAAACAAGGGAGCUCCAGGAGAUCCUGGACCUCCUGGUCCCAGAGGAAACCAGGGACAAGACGGCAUACCUGGACCUCCUGGAGAGAAGGGAGACAUGGGAGCUACUGGACGCGGACCCCAAGGACCAAGAGGAGAGAAAGGUUCAAGUGGGCCGAAGGGAGAACUCGGUUCUACUGGUCCGUGUGGACCCCCUGGUCCUCCUGGUCCUCUGGGAGAUCGAGGGCCUCCAGGUGCACCAGGGGCAGACGGUGCUCCUGGUCGUCCCGGCAGAGACGGAACCUGCACCCAGGGAACCAAAGGAGAUCGAGGAGAACCCGGGAAACCAGGGGAGAGAGGACCUAAAGGGUGUGUCGGCCCCCCCGGGCCUCCGGGUCCAGGGUUUAAAGGGGACAAGGGGAAUAAAGGAGGCACAGGUCUCCAAGGAACACCUGGUUACCGUGGCGACACUGGUUUACCCGGCCAGCCGGGUGAGGAUGGGCCCCCAGGGGCCCCAGGGCCCAAAGGCCUGAUGGGAGAAACCGGCAUCAUGGGACCGACCGGUCAGAAGGGGGAGGACGGGCGACCUGGUGUAAAUGGUGUCUCUGGACCACAGGGAUCCCCUGGGAACCAAGGCCCGAGGGGGGAAGACGCCUUCGGGGACGUGGUGCUGCUGCCAGGAGACAAAGGCUCAGCUGGAUGUCUGGGAGCCAGAGGAGAAACCGGGCCCCCCGGGGCCCCAGGGAGACAAGGCCCUGACGGUGCUCGGGGGAACCGUGGAGAACCCGGUCUGGACGGGCUGCUCGGUCUUCCUGGACUAAAGGGGGAAAAGGGAGACAGAGGCUUCCCUGGACCUCAAGGGAUUCUGGGGGAGCAGGGCUCGGUGGGCGCUAAGGGCCCCCGGGGCCCCCCGGGGCCCUGCGCCCCCCCGUCGGGGGAGCCGGACGGCUUCCUGUUCACCAGACACAGCCAGAGGCAGGACGUCCCACAAUGCCCUGCAGGAUCCAGCCUGCUGUUCUCCGGGUUCUCCCUCCUUUUCAUCAAUGGAAACAACCGAGCACACGGACAGGACCUUGGUACGUUGGGUAGUUGUCUUCCUCGUUUUACCACCAUGCCCUUCCUGUUCUGUAACAUUGACAGCACCUGUCGCUACGCCUCCCGCAACGACUACUCCUAUUGGCUGUCCACCGACCAAUCAAUGCCCAGUGACAUGGCACUCAUCUCUGGGGACUCUCUGGAGAGAUACGUCAGCCGGUGUGCAGUGUGUGAGACCAGGGCCAAUGUGAUUGCAGUCCACAGUCAGACUGUCGAGGUCCCGGCCUGUCCCACCGGGUGGCGCUCUCUCUGGGCCGGCUACUCUUUUGUCAUGGAGACGGGUGUGGGGGCGGAGGGGUCCGGCCAGCCGCUGGCCUCACCUGGAUCCUGCCUGGAAAACUUCCGCAAAAUCCCUUUCAUCGAGUGUCACGGCCGAGGAACCUGCAACUACUACACCGACUCCUACAGCUACUGGCUGGCUGCCCUGAACCCAGCCGACAUGUUCAGCAAGCCCAGGCCUCAGACAGUCAAGGGAGACUGUUCAGGCAGUCUGGUCAGCCGCUGCCAGGUCUGCAUGAAGCAGUGGUAAUCCAGACCACCACCAAGACCACCACCAAGACCACUGAGACCAUGGAGAACCCCAAGACCACUGAGACCCCCAAGACCACUGAGAUCCCCAAGACCACUGAGACCACCCAG